AUCAAGGUAAAGGCUGCAGAUCUGCUUUUUACCCUCCUGUGAAAUUCAGCUGACAGCUGGACCGAGAGGCAAGCAGCAAACUUUCACAGCAUGCAAACCUGCUCAGCCCUGGUCUUGCUGCUCCUGGCUGCCAGCACCCUGCCUGCCAGGUGCUCGCACACCAAGCCCAGCUGCCUCCACUUCUCCGAGCUCCUGCCUGCAAAGCUCAAAGAGAUGAGGAUCAAGUUUGAGGAAAUUAAGGAGUAUUUUCAAUCAAAAGAUGAUGAACUUAGCGUCCAGCUGCUCAGGCCCGAACUGCUAGAUGAAUUUAAGGGGAGCUUCGGCUGCCAGUCAGUGUCGGAGAUGAUACGGUUCUACAUGGAGGAGGUCCUGCCCAGCGCCAUGAAGACCAGCACGGACCACCAGCAGAGCAUGGAUGACCUGGGCAACCUGCUGCUGAACCUGAAGGCAACGAUGACGCGCUGUCACAGAUUCUUCACGUGCGAGAAGAAGAGCGAAACCAUAAAGCACAUUAGGGAGAAGUUUGAUGAGAUGAACGAGAACGGCAUCUACAAGGCCAUGGGAGAGUUUGACAUUUUCAUCAACUACAUCGAAGAGUACUUGCUGAUGAAGAGAAGGAAGUGAAAACGCCCACGGGUCUGCACCUUUCGCACAAAAUCCAGCUAUUUUUUCAGAAAUCACUUUAGGCUGCAAGAGCACACAAGAGAUUAAGUUAUCUUAGGGUUCAAGUCAAGAAUUACAGUCAGUAACUUCUACUAUUAUAUUUAAAAGUGGGGGUUUUUUAACAACUGAAUUUAAUAUUUAUUACUUGUAAUACCUCAGUAUUUAUGUUUACAGUAUGCUUUAAAGAAAAGUGUGAUGAGCUUGGAAAAUACUAUUUAUUGUUCAAUAUUUUAAUACUGUCUAUGAUAGUGCUAUUUUAUUCACAGCUUCAGAACACCCAAAGCGGCAUUUUUCUGGGGAGCAGAGCUUAUCCUGAGUGCAGUUUCACUGAGCAUGGUCGCCUGAUCAGGAGCAAUUCCUGCCCUGAGUUCAGCAAAGCACUCUCCUCCUGUUCCAUCCCUCUGUUUAUGCAAUCAAACUUUUUUCUGCAUAACCCUGUACUCCGAUUGUGCACUUGGAAUUAGGCACUGAAAUAUUCAAAAUUAUUCCAUGCCUUGCAUUGAGCAAAGCAGCCAUAAAUGUAACCGAGGGUAUUCUUUUCUCCUGUGCAUGGAAAGCAAAGUGGAGGAGGAAGAGGAGGAGGACCUGCACUCCACUGAACAGCACGCGCUCAGGCCACAGCAAUAGAUCAGUUAACCCCACCUCUAGACUUCAGCCUAUAUUUUGCUUCAGGUUAAAGAAAAAGUAGUAGCAGGAAUUAAAUGUUUGGUUCUAAUAGAACUUGACUUAAAUGUUGUUAACGAGUGACUUUGAGAGCUGCUCGGUCAGCCACUCUGCACUUUUGAAAGUUUAUUUAGUAUUUUCCAGUCUUUGAUUGGGUUUUACUCGCUGUUUUGUUGGUUGCUUUUUUUUUUUUUCUUUUAGAAGUUAAUUAACCACCAUUUUAAGGUGGGUUGGGUAAUUUGCAUUCAAAUUCAUAAAGCUGCACGCAGCACUGACAAUAUUCGGGUUUGUGUUAUUUCUCAUCCUGCACACGAGGAGCUGCGGCAGAGACGUGCUGCAGGGCGAAGGCUGCAGAAAGCAGCUUCGGGGCCCCCGAGGGCUGCUGCUUUUCAGGCUCCCCUUCCGCGUGCCCCCGUGAGUGCUACAGCCAGAGGAAAAUGUCAUAACAAGGAGGCAUUUGCUUCUAAUAUUUAGAAGUACUAGGGCACAGUGUGAUGAAACACAGUCAGUUUGUUGUUGGCUUUGUAAGUUACCACCGAAGAGAGGCUGUUUGUACUUGAUUUAUUGUAUUUGUACAUUUAUGGUGACAGAAGGGCAUUCCUGCUGGCAGCCUGCCCGCAUGGGAACUGGUUAUCCCAGAGCAAGGGUGGCCCCAAAGCAGGAAUGUGGGUCGCUCCUUCCGCUGAGAUCAGUUGGGUGGCGUUGGCUCAAGGGCAGCGUGGGAGCCACACACUGUAAAACACAACUGAAGCUUCUUACCACGGCAUGUUAAGCUCCUGCUGAGCUGGCUCUGUACUAGUUUUUCCACCAAACGCCUUGGCUUGGAUGUUGUAGAAGAAGCAAGGACGGCUCCAGAGCCACGGCGAGAGCCAAGAGCUUCAGCAGCUCCGUUCCUGGGGCAGUCACGCUG